AAUGUGGACAGAGGAAAUGCUACUGUAAGAGAGGAGAGAGGGGUUUCUGCAGCGAGUCGAAAUUUGUUCCAGCAAUAGAGAAUAGUAGUGAUCAUCUGAGAGCGAGAGAGAAGAUGUUCUUCCACAUAGUACUGGAGAGGAAUAUGCAGCUUCACCCACGCCACUUCGGACGGGACCUGCGCGAUAAGCUUGUCUCGAAGCUCAUGAAAGACGUCGAGGGCACCUGCAGCGGGCGACAUGGGUUUGUGGUGGCAAUCACGGGCAUUGAGAGCGUGGGCAAGGGUUUGAUUAGGGACGGCACCGGCUUUGUCACCUUUCCGGUCAAGUAUCUAUGCGUCGUUUUUCGACCUUUCAAGGGGGAAAUUCUCGAAGCUGUUGUUACUAUGGUCAACAAGAUGGGUUUUUUCGCUGAAGCAGGGCCUGUCCAAAUUUUUGUUUCAAAUCACUUGAUACCAGAUGAUAUGGAAUUUCAAUCUGGUGACGUGCCUAAUUAUACAACUUCAGAUGGAUCUGUCAAGAUUCAGAAAGACAGCGAGGUUCGGCUAAAGAUAAUUGGAACUCGUGUUGAUGCUACAGAAAUUUUCUGCAUUGGCACCAUAAAGGAUGACUUCUUGGGUGUCAUCAGCGAUCCUGGCUCAACUUCCUGAUGCUGAAACUGCUUUAUUGAUUUGUAGAAUGUACAGUUGCUCAAUGAGCAUAUGAGUCACCGGGAUCUAGUAAUAUUUGAUGCUUGUGUUCAUUCAGGCAUUAAUGCCUCCCCUCCUUUAACGUUGUAGAAUAGUUAUUGCUGUGGCAUUUUGAGCUAUAACAACAUUUGUCAACAACCGCCUUUUUUG